AUGCGGAGAAGCGUCCUCGCGAUACUACUGCUUACGCUGCAAGGGUACCAUGCACAGCCCAACACCACCACACCCUCGGCAGUCGUCAAUGCUGCACCUACCACGACCACACCGCCUCCCACAGAGACCCCCGUGGAAACGCCCAUCCCGACCACAACACCUGCUCAAUCGACUUCGUCACCCACGCCUCCUCCAACAACUGCACCUCCAUCAUCACCACCGCCGCAGACUACAACUCCACCUCCUGCGACGAAUGAGCCUUCAACAACCACCACGGUACCUCCAGAUCCUACGACGACCACCCCGCCACCACCGUCGACUACUGUCACUACACCCUCGUCCUCGUCCGACUCGUCGACUAUGACCCCCACUCCACCUCCCCCAUCGAUGCCAGCAACCAUCGCGUCCCCCGAUGUCACUAUCAUUGACCCCAACACCGACGACGCCGUUAUCCCAGAGGUAACGUCGGACCAGCUUCGCGCGACGACUCCAUCUGAUGUGUCCACUGCCUCGUCCGAAUCGGGAGGGCCCAACACCGUCGGAUGGGUCAUGAUCGUCGCCGGAAUCCUUGUCGGGAUCGGCCUUCUCCUUGGAGCCGUGAGGUUCGUGCGGCGCCGUCAACAGGACAACGAAGAUGAUGAGGAUUUCUACGACAGUUUUUUCGAGAAAGGCGCGCAGUCGCAUCCGAGCAUGACCGUCGAGGACUCGCGAUAUGCAGCGAACUUUCCGGGAGAUUUCGGAGCAUCCACCGCGCAGGUCGAAAAGGACUCGACGUUCUUCACGUGGCGAUCGCCGAGCCCGAAAAUCCAGGCGCCGAUCGUCACUUCACUCAUGCCCCCCUGCGAAGACGAUGCGGCAGCGAUGAUGGUCAUGCGGACUCCCAGCGAUGAGUUGGUGCUGCACAACGACGUACCAAACAACUUUCACACGGGGGAGCAAAGUUCCAGCAUUGUAAGCUACCAGUACACUCAACGCGGGAACCAAGACACCGAGAGACCCCCAGUGCCGAACGUCGGUAGUUGCACUACCUUUCCCAAUCGCAGUCCCGUAAAGUGCCAUCACAACGACUGGUGUGCCGACGAUGACGACGACGCGCAGUCGUUCACGUCCGUCGCGUCCUCCGACCAAUCCGCCUACUCGCCGCGCUCGUCGAGCGAUAGCACCAACAGCACUUCGAAUUUUGAGGUGUAA